ACACUUGCAUAAUGCGGUUCCUGCAGGGUUUUCACGAUAUCUCCGCCUCGUUAUCCGGAUCCUCCCACUCCCACGGAACAUUUCACCUGAUCACAUCAAACAGCCUUCCCGAAGAAUGAGUGGCCAUAGAUCGUUGGCCAUGUUCCAUAGCGUUGAUGUUCCACAAUUUCAGCAGCCACAGGAAAACGAGCCCUUCACCGCCAGCGCCAGCUCGCCUUAACAAGUCGUGUUCCGAGUGCACGAGGCGGAAAGUCAAGUGUGAUGGUGGCCACCCAUGUAGCUCAUGUACGUACUACAAGGUCUCACACUUGUGUAGCUAUCGUCAGCGUAAUAAGAGGAAUGCUGUAAGCAGAAGCACACUCGAAGAAGUGUCAGAGCGAUUGAGGUCCCGAACCGAGAUCCUUGAACAGCUCUUCCCCGACACAGCCCUCGAUGAACUUGUCGGCAAGAAUCGCGAUGAACUGCUGGACAUUCUUCGCAACGAUUCCGUGCCCAAGUUGACGGCGGGCGGGCUAGUUAGCCGUCCCGCCGAAGAUCCCGAAGUGGCGGAUGAUUCAGCUCAAGUGUCUGAAAAUGGAGAACCCACCGCAGACCGGCAAUGGGACGAGUCAAGUAACCAGCCACCUGUACUACAGGCCGGCGACGAUAUCAAUGCUAUCAAUCUCGCAACAGAUCACCACCGCCGUUCUUAUUUGGGCGUGACAUCCAUCAGCGCUAUUUUGCGAGCCGUUUUCCGCCUUUGUCCUUCCGCGAAACAUCGCGUUGCUGACCAAGCGAAGAGAUGGCCCGAAAAUCCUAUUCAGCCCCGAUCUGCACCAUUUUUGACCGGGGAUCCAAAUGCUCAAAUCCAAAAGGAACAGCGUUGUAUUGAUUUCUACUUUGAAAAUGUCCACCCGAUUGUUCCCAUGUUAGAUGAAGAUGAUUUCCGUACUUCAUACUCCUUAGGUCAACGAAGGGACCCUGGUUGGUUUGGUCUAUUAAAUAUGGUGAUAACUAUUGGCUCCAUAGCUGCUGGGAGCGACACACUCCAUGAGCAAUAUUACGAGCAGGCUCGGAAUUUCGUCGACCUUGACAGCUUCGGCGCAGGAAACCUCGAGAGUUUACAGGCUCUCUGCCUGCUUGGUGGGUUAUACUUGCAUUACCGAAACGCCCCCAAUAUGGCAUAUUCCGUUCUUGGUGCCGCACAUCGUGUCGCCAUCGCCCUAGGCCUACAUCGAGAAUCGCGACGUCGGAAUACCAACAGCACCUGUGCCCAAGGUGAUAUGACACCGACCAAGGUAAAUCGACUUGAAACUAGGCGGCGAACUUGGUGGAGUCUGUUAUGCCUUGACACCUGGGCUAGUAUGACUCUUGGUCGACCAACCUGCGGACGAUGGGAGCCUACCACCAUGGAUACUUUGCUUCCUACUUCAAUUACCGAAGAUGAUCAUAUGGCCAUGUCACUCUGCGCUAGCGUUCGUUUUUGCCUUAUAUGCAAUCGAAUACAGGGUCGCUUCGCGCAAUUCAAUCGAUUAACAAUAUCCGAAGCUGUCGCAUUUGAUAACGAAUUGCAAGCUUGGUACGCAUCCUUACCCUUGGUUCUUCGAUCGCCAACAAACUCACCAUCACGUCUUACGAUUGCGCGGGAAUUCAUGCGAAAUCGAUAUCUCAACAUACGCCUAAUUUUAAUGCGAUCUUUAAUAUUAUACCUUGCUCAUAGUCGGAUCCAAAAGGCCCAGCUUAAUACAGAAGAGCUUCAAAUAAUCGACACAUGCCGAGUCGUAGCGAGCGAAGCUAUCGAUUCAAUCGCGCUCUACUGGACACCAAAUCGAGUCCAUGUAUGGAACUCGGCUUGGUAUCUCUUCCAAGCUUGUAUGGUUCCUCUUCUUUCAAUCGUAAUUGAAAGUUCGCAAGCCGAUCCGAACUCGGAGAGUCUCACAUCGGCUCGCGCAAGCUUGGUCAAAGCUCUGGAAAUUUUCUCUGAAAUGAAACCAUGGAUGCGUGCUUCCGAUCGGGGACCGGACAUAGUCGCCGCGAUUUACGAAGCCAUAACUGGUGAUGCCGAAGGCGCCGGACGCACCCCUUCACAAGAUGGGGACUCGAAUUUCUUUGGCUGGUAUGAUGAACAACUCACAUUCGGUACAGAACUGGACUGGGGCUCAUUUUUAAUGGAUGAUGAUUUCCAAGGGGCAUUGUUUUCAACACAAUAAAAAGUUUUGGUUUUUGGAUUUAUCGGCGAGGUGUAUGGUCAUUAUAUUCAAUUGCGGCAACUAUCCGCUAUUCGGGUCAAUUAAUUAAAAAUUUGGGUUUCGGUUAAUCCUCUUCUUAAUAUCAC